CAGAUAGCAGCACAAAGGUCACACGGGCAAACAGGUCUGUAUUAGGUGAGUGGCGUUAGAGUUUGCUGGAUACUGUGUCCUGGACCCUUGAGAAUAAGAUCCUCUCUGUCCUUGUGGACGUCUCAGGAACUGUGUAGUCAUGGCUGAUACAGAGGAAAUAGUGGAGGAGGAACUGAUGGAAGAAGAUGAGACGAAACCAAGGCCAAAGAUGUUCAUGCAAAACAUUGCGGCUCCAAAGAUUCCUGAAGGAGACAAGGUGGACUUUGAUGACAUUCACAGGAAGCGUCAGGAAAAGGAUUUUUCAGAGCUGCAGUCCCUGAUUGAGGCUCACUUCAUCCAGAGAAAAAACGAUGAGGAGGAGCUCAUUGCUCUGGUCAACAGGAUUGAAAAGCGCCGUGCGGAGAGAGCGGAACAACACAGGAUCCGAAAUGAGAAAGAAAGGGAAAGACAGGCCCGUCUGGCAGAGGAGAAGGAAAGAAGAGAGCAGGAAGAACAGAGGAAGAAGCAGGAUGAGGAUGCCAAGAAGAAGAAGGCUCUCACCAAUAUGACACACCAGUAUGGUGGAAUACAGCAGAAGAUGGAGGGUCGUAAAGGAGCAAAGAAACAGACAGAGAGAGAGAAGAAGAGAAAGAUCCUGGCUGAAAGGAGAAAGCCACUCAACAUCGAACAUCUCUCUGAGGAUAAAUUAAAGGAGAAGGCCACCGAGCUGUGGCAGUGGAUGAUGGAGCUGGAGGCUGAGAAGUUUGACCUUGGCGAGAAACUUAAGAGGCAGAAAUACGAUAUCACUCAGCUUCUGGCUCGAGUCAGGGAUCACCAGAGUGCCAAGGGUCGUGGCAAGGGCAAGGUGGGUGGCAGGCUGAGGUAAACACCCAACCACACGAGGUGCACCAGGAAUGCAGAAGACGAAAUCUGUGCCAUCAAAACACAUUCAACAAUCACACGCAACUAAUCGAUUGUUCGAUCGCACAUGUAGCUCAUAGAAAUACAGUAAAGAGAUCUUUU